ACUCUCCCCCACUCUGUCCUGUGUUCAGGAGCCGUGGUCAUCGCCUUUGUGGUCUGCUGGCUGCCCUAUCACGCUCGCCGCCUCAUGUUUUGCUACGUCUCCGACUGGUCAGACAACAUGUACGACUUCUACCACUACUUCUACAUGCUGACCAACGUGCUGUUCUACGUCAGCUCGGCCAUCAACCCCAUCCUCUACAACCUGGUGUCUGCUACCUACCGCCAGAUCUUCUUCACCACGCUGCGCUACUUCUUCGUGCCCUGCCGCCACACACCCAGGAAGCAGCUGCACCCCCUGACCCGCCACUCCAUCAGCAUUUCCAGCAACCACACCUUUUCCACCAACAUCAUCAAAGAAACAACGUACUGACAGUACGGAACUGCUUGCUGCCGUGCUGCAGCGGCAGAAGGAAACCUCCGUUAGACGUUGGGUCAUGGUGCACGUCGUGGAACUGUGGUGAUCAUCAUUUGUCCUGGUAAACCAAGUACCCACCCAGAGACCACUGUCAUUUGACUGCAACUGCACAAUGUCUCGUGACUUCAUCCAGCAUUGCAUGAAGUGAGGUGAACAUUUUGUUUCUUAUGAUGUUAAAUAUAAACUUCAGAAACUCUAUAAACAUGGCCUUUGGCAAUACUGUCAGUGCAAUGGCAGCCAUGGUGUAACCAUCAUCUGUGAGCGUCUGUGGAUAAACCUCACUUUGAUGUUAGAUGAAGCAAAGCAGGGUAAAGGGCGUAAAGUCUGUGGAGGAAAACCCCUUUCAUCACAGGCUCUUUACCCGUCCUGCAUGUGUUGACUUUGGUCAAGCGAAACUCUGCUGCCCAGCUCUCAGCCUGCAGGAGGUCCUUGUUGUACAGCUCACCUCCUGAUAUCCAGCGGGGUUUUGUAAAUACACUCACAGGGAGAAUGUUAAUUUCUGACACUUUUCGGUUUUCAUAGCAAAAACCUGUGAAAGCAUAGCCAGAACAAAAGAGGCUGUGACUGAUUGUUGUACUUGUGCAUAACUAUGUCAGAAAUUAUACACUCUGGAAAUAAAGUUGUUCCUAAACUCAA